CCCAUUUGUCAAGAGACAGGAAGAACAGAAAAUUACUGUGUACCACCACCACAAUCAAAUUCCACAUCCUUUUUUAGUACCCCCUACGCCAACUGCCCACCUGCUACAUGCCAUUCAGACCAGGUUUAUAGCCCCACAUGCAUGUGUGCACAUCCAUACACAGGAACUCUAUAUUUUAGAGGAAUUUUCUUCUCAGACUUGGAGAACCCAACCCGAUAUGCAGCUUUACAGCAAUCUUUGAUGCAGUUCUUCAAGUUCAAUCAUCUUCCUGUUGAUUCAGUUUCACUAAGCAAUCCAAGAAUGGAUUCUCUUAAAUAUCUUACAUUGAACCUUAGUGUCUUUCCAUACGGCCAAGCUAGUUUCAAUCAAACAGGAGUUUCUUUGAUUGCAUAUGCAUUUAGCAGCUUCUCUUUCUUUCCACCAGAGACUCUUUAUGGAUCUUAUUUUUUCCUUGGUGACGAGUACAACUACUUUCCAGAUGAACCUAAAAACUCCAAAAAAUCAACUAUUGGCAUCAUUAUUGGAGCAGCUGUUGGUGGUUCUGUGCUUCUGCUACUUUCAUUGCUUGCUGGGAUUUAUGCUUUUCAUCAAAAGAAGAAGGCAGAAAGAGCAAGCAUAGAGAGCAACCCUUUUGGUAUGAUUGGCAUUUAUUUACUGUAGCAUUUUCAGGUUGAUUACGCACAAACUCUACUGGACAACAGUGAUAACUGUUAGAGGUUUUGUAGUAGGUUUGACAGUUCAAAGUGAUGAGUUUUGGGAUUAAUUUGAAUGAGAAGAAUUUUUUUUUUCUUUUUUGGUUCUUGGGAAAGUGAAGGAAAAUUGGAGUGAGAAAUCCCAGUAGAAUUUCAUUUUUUUAUUUUUUUAUAUUUAUAAAGUUAAUUAAAUGGU